AUGAUGAUUAAAGCUAUCCUUUUAAUUUCUUGUAUCUUUGCAUUCUUAUCAAUGGGUGUUAUUUCUGACUCUAACCAAAUUUCAAUGUCUCAAAAUCAAACAUCAACAUGGGAUGAUAAAAAUACCACAUUUACUGUUUGGGAAGUGAUGUUGGUAAAUAAUUGGAAUGCAACAAUUAUUGACUUGACCAUUACUGCAACCGCUAAUUUCUUUUCUUCAAAACCAAGUGAUAUUUGGAAUGUUGAAAAAGUUUCUGACAAAGUUUACCAUUUCCAACCAUAUUUAAUCCAAAAUGGUUUAUCAACUGGUGAAAACUUCACCUUUGGUUAUAUCAAUGAAGCUAAAACACAAGCAACAUUUGAAAUCUCAAACAUUAAAACUAAAUAA